AAAUUUGAACUACUACAAGAUACAUAACUAAACGCAGGGGAGACCUAAUCCAUUGAGAACAUAUAACAAGUUAAGUGAGAUGGAAAUUAUGGCUACAAAAUUUGGUUCAUGUGCCAAAUUAUUGUUAGUGUGUUUGUUGUUUGCUUGUGUUAUUGAAGUUUCAGUAGGAAGAACAUAUACAGUUGGAGAUAGUUCUGGUUGGCAGACUCCCCCUAAUGGUGCUGUUACUUUUUCCAACUGGGCUAACCAACAUACUUUUGUUGUUGGAGACGUUCUAGAAUUCAAUUUCCAAACUGGAGUACACACAGCAGCCAGAGUAAACAAAAAUGCUUUUGAUACAUGCAACACUGCAAAUCCUAUUGAUAAUGAGACAGAUGGUCCAGCAGAUUUCACCCUGGAUACUACUGGAGAGUAUUAUUUCAUUUGUACCAUCCACUGCAACCAGGGACAAAAAUUAGCUAUUAACGUCACUUCUACCGGAUCUCCAUCCGGCUCUGGCGGCAGCCCUUCUCCCGGAUCAUCUCCGGCGACGCCCGGUGGUGAAUUGCCUCCUCCACCGCCAUCGGGAUCCGUGUCGACCAGGGUGGUUGCCACAGCUUCAUUUGUCAUCUUAGUGCCCAUUGUUAUCAUCAGUGUACUUUUGUCUUAGUGUUAGGCUGAUACUGAAAAUUACUUGUUGGUGUUUGAAAUUGUUUUAUGAAUAAACAUGUUUGGUUUUGAAGCGUUGAA